AUGGGCACCGCGCUGGUGUACCACGAGGACAUGGCGAUGGCCCGGCUCUUGUGGGACGACCCCGAGUGUGAGAUCGAGUGUCCCGAACGGCUGACCACGGCCCUGGAGCGUCUUCGGCAGCGUGGUCUCGAGCAGAGGUGCCUGCGGCUGGAGGCGCGCGAAGCCACGGAGGCGGAGCUGGGCCUGGUGCACAGCCCGGACUAUGUUGCUGUGGUGCGGGGCACUCAGGCCCUGGACACAACGGAGCUCCGGGCGCUGUCAGGACAGUACGACGCAGUGUACUUCCACCCGAGCACCUUCCACUGUGCCCGGCUGGCGGUGGGCGCUGUGCUGCAGCUGGUGGAUGCUGUGCUGACCGGGGCCGCACACAAUGGACUUGCUCUUGUGAGGCCUCCAGGUCACCACAGUCAGCAGGCAGUGGCCAACGGGUUCUGUGUGUUCAACAACGUGGCCAUAGCAGCUGAACAUGCCAGGCGGAAAUACGGGCUGAAGAGGAUCCUCAUUGUCGACUGGGAUGUCCACCACGGCCAGGGCAUUCAGUACAUCUUUGAGGAUGACCCUGGCGUCCUGUACUUCUCCUGGCACCGCUAUGAGCACGGCCACUUUUGGCCCUUCCUUCCAGAGUCAGAUGCAGGCAUGACUGGCCAGGGCCCGGGCCAGGGCUUCACUGUGAACCUGCCCUGGAACCAGGUGGGCAUGGAAAACGCUGACUAUGUGGCCGCCUUCCUGCACGUGCUGCUCCCCCUGGCUUUCGAGUUUGACCCUGAGUUGGUUCUGAUCUCUGCUGGCUUUGACUCCGCUAUUGGGGACCCUGAGGGUCAGAUGCGGGCCACGCCAGAGUGCUUCCACCACCUCACACAGCUGCUGGUCCCACUGGCUGGUGGCAGAGUCUGCACGGUGCUGGAGGGUGGAUACCACCUGGAAUCACUUGCAGAGUCUGUAUGCAUGACUGUGCGGGCGCUGCUGGGUGACCCUGCUCUGCCGCUGUCAGGGACCAUGGUGCCCUGUUGGAGUGCCCUGGAGUCCAUCCAGAGAGUCCGGGCUGCCCAGGCCCCUCACUGGACGAGCCUCCAGCUCCAGGACGUGGCCCCCAUGCCGAGGCCCCGGGCCUGCUCCUCUGAGGGGAGGCCCCCGCCGACACCCGGGAGCCCUGAGUAUGCAGGGGCAGCGGCAGCAGCAGCGGCAGAGGCAGCGGUAGCCUUGAGCUCCUUCUUGGACCGGCUGCGCCUUCAUCCCCAGCCCCCAGUCCGCACUGCUAUUGUCCUGACCUCAACAGAUGAUAACCUGGUCCUACCGCCUGGUGUUGUCCAGCAGGAGCGGUCAGCUCAGGGGGAGGAGAUGGAGGCCUGGGCCAGGCCCCGUGUGGCCAUGGCCCAGGAUGUGUCUCUCACUGUGCUUGGGAAGGUCCUGACCCUGGUGGAUGGAAUCUUGGAUGGGCAGGUGAGUAACGGCAUCGCAGCUACACCUACUUCUGCUGCUGGUGACACCCUGGACAUGGCCAUCCAGCGUGGCCUGUACCUCGGGGCACAGCGGCUUCUCUGUCUGGUUGUCGGACAGCUUGAUCGGCCCUCAGACCUCGCCGAUGAUGGGAGGAUUCUGUGGUUGAACAUCGGCAGUCAGAAGGCAGAAGCCUUGUCCAUGUUUCAUAUCUCUGUGCCAAAGCUAAGGGCCACUGGGAGCCUGCUGAGCUGUAUCUUGGGCUUGGUGCUGCCCCUGGCCUAUGGCUUCAAGCCUGACCUGGUGCUGGUGGCACUGGGACCGUCACAUGGCCUAGAGGACACCCAUGCUGCACUCUUGGCUGCAAUGCUUCGGGGGCCAUCAGGGGGCAGGAUCCUGGCCCUGGUACAGGAAUCCAGGCCCCAGCUUGCAGAGGCCCUGGCCAGGGUGCUGAGUGGAGAGGCGCCCCCCAGACUCGGCCCCUGUUCCAUGACCUCCCUCGAGGACGCGCAGUGCCUGAACCACCUGAGAAGGCAGCUGGCACCCAGGUGGAAGAUGCUGCAAGUGGCUGACAGCGCGGCCCCGCCUCCUUCCUUGGGCCAAUCGCGGCUCUCGCGCGCCCAGCCGGAAGUGCAUGUGCGCGGGGGCGGGACCCUGGCGACGUCGUCCCUGUGUCGCCCGGUGAUGACGCGCAGGCGCGGGAACGCGGGCCCCGAGGGCCCGGGAGCGGGUGGUCUGCGCGGACACCGGGAGACCGUCGUCCCGCGCCUGCGGGGGUCUGCCGGCCGCGUGCUGCCCGCGUGCCAAGGGGCUGCCGAGCUCGUGGACCACCUGGCGGUGCCGAGCCGCCGAGCGAGGGGGAGCGCGCCGGGCCGGCUCUGA